AUGUCAGCUCCGGCUGACGGCAAGCAAGGCUUCCUCGCUGGCCUCUCGCCAUGGGGUUCGCGUGCAGCGACGCCGAAGCCCCCGCCGACACCAACCACGACCGAAGCCGACAAGACCAAGGGCAAGGAGAAGGAGAAGGAGGACGCUAGCACCGGUCGACUUGGUACACAGCGUGGCGGAGAUCAUGUGAUCGAUCGGAGGCACCGACUGAGCCUGAAAAGGUACCCCCGAGACUGCCCUCCGCUUGCGGUGCGGUGGUUUCACGCUGUAGAUCUGCCGAAACGUAAACCUCUCUCCGAACAUGCCAUCACACCCGACAAGUCACUCCCGAAACCGAAGAAGUGGAUCCCCUUCAGCAAAGGCGACUCCCGCGCGAUCGAAUCCGCAUUCCAGAAAACUGCCGACGAAGCUGGAGCGACCGAGCAGAGCAAGGAUCUCUUGAGCCCUGUAGCGCCUGUGCAGCCUUCCAACGAGCCCCCAGCUACCACAAAAGUCCCCGUGAACGAAGAUUACCUGUUCGAUGUCGAGAUCGAAACUCGCGAAUUGGCGCCCUCCUACUGGCUGGGCCCCGUGUACGAUGUGAAGAGAGGCACGUGGUUCACACCAAGUGGUGAGCCUGUUGACGAGGGCCUUGCCAUGCAGCUCGAGGAAGGCUACCUCAAGUGCAAGCCAUGGCGAUUGGGAAAGCCAGACGAAAAGCGAUCGGCGUCACAGCCUCGUGCGCGACCUGUAUCGCUCGGUGCUGGCCUGAGCGAUGAUCAUCGUAAGGAGCUUGGCCGGCUUAAUCGAGACUCGACGUCGAACCCCGUUACCCCAAGAGGAUCAUUCGACAACUUGCGAGGCGAAGCGAACAAACAACAGGACGGCACUAGCUCGGGAGAGAGAGCGGCAACGCCAAAUGCUCCGGCUGAGAUCCCACGGACACAUAGGCUCUUUGGUGCUCACAUGAACUCGACGGUGACCUUCCAGGACGAGAAUACGGCAUGGCUUCUGACCGACGAUAUGUGGGCACGUAUGGGAAGCACACUGUACCAGCGCUUUGCAGGCGGAGCGCACUACGCUGGCUACAAGUACAUUCGUGGUUACACCGAUCCUACAGAGAAAAAGCAGGCCAAUGCUUCAAAAGACCCAAAGGGCAAAAAAGAGACCGAGCGGCCCUCCACACCGUCUCACUUGGCCUAUGGAUCUGAUAACGAGAAGCCUACGAACACUGGAUCCGGGGGCGGCUCCGAUGCAGAGAACACAGACAACGAGGGUGUCGAGUCUCCCCAGGAGUCACGAAGACGGACUCUAGAGCGGCAAGUUUCGUCGUUGAUGACCUCAUCUCAGCCAGACUACCAGGAGAAACAAGAAGAAGAGGCACGAAAGCGCGAGGAAAAGGAAAUGCGAGAAGACUACAAGACGCAGGAUAAGCAGGAGCAGGGGCGUGAGAUCGAGCAUCUCCUUCUAGUGACUCACGGUAUCGGACAGCGUCUGGGCAUGCGCAUGGAGUCUAUCAACUUCAUUCACGAUGUCAACACCAUGCGCAAAUCGUUCAAGAGCGUCUACGCCAACUCUCCAGAUCUGCAGGCUCUCAACUCGGAGGUUGACUCGGACACAAAGAACAGCCGUAUCCAGGUCAUACCCAUUGUUUGGCGACACCUUUUGGACUUUCCCAAGCAAAGUCUCAAACACAACCGGAAGGAGCAUGAUUUGGGUGACCUCGAUCACGAGGAUCAUGAAUUCCCAAGCCUUGAAGACAUCACAGUCGACGGCGUGCCGGCUGUGCGCAACUUCCUGACUGACCUUGCAUUGGACAUUCUGUUGUACCAGAGCCCAGCUUACAAGGGCCACAUUUCCCGCAUCGUUGUCGCUGAAUUGAACCGCAUCUACCGCCUCUUCAAAGAGCGUAACCCCUCCUUCAAGGGCAGAGUUAGCUUGGUUGGUCACUCUCUGGGCUCAGCCAUCAUGUUCGACAUCCUCUGCAUUCAGCGCGACGCCAACCCACGAUCUGGCAAGCAGCGUCGCCUUACUGAAGAGGGCCUAAAGCUUGACUUCGAGGUCGAGGACUUUUAUGCACUAGGCUCGCCAAUCGGGCUAUUCCAGAUGCUCAAGGGUCGAACGAUUGCUGCUCGACCAGCUACAGCUUUUGUGCCACCAGUGACCCCUGCAACCCCUUUGGAUGAUCCAUUCUCGCCCACAGCAGCAGAGCGCGACCAGAUGUUUGACAUCACAACUUCGUCUCCACUCUGCAAGCAGACGUUCAACAUUUUCCAUCCUUCCGACCCCAUCAGUUACCGCAUCGAACCGCUCAUCUCUCCCGCCAUGGCUGGGCUGAAAGCUCAACCGCUCCCCUACACUAAGAAAGGAAUUUUUGGUGCGCCAGCUUCACAAGGCCUCACGGGAAUCGGUGCUCGGGUCGGACAAGGUGUUACUGACUUCUGGUCGAGUAUCGGUUCAGGCAUCGCGUCUGGCUUACUGAACCGCAGUCUCGGUAUCAGCGGCACGGAACUUGGAGACGGUGGAUCCGGGCAGCGCUCCUCGCGGCCGCUCUCCGCUGCUCCAAACCCUGCCACUGCUGGAGCCACCGUUCCAGGCACCAACGAGCCUGUGUCUGCAUUCAUCUCUGAAGAGCGUAGACGACGCCUUGGCAACGAACAGAUCACCACUGGAGAAGACGGCGAACAUCCGCCCACACUCAUCGAAUCUGAGAUCGAAACCCUGUACUCUGGCUUCCAGAAGGGGCGGCAGAGCAGUACCGCUGAGGAAGUAAGCAAAGUUGAGCGGGAUCUUGAGUGGCAGGAGCUCGAAGAGCGGAGCAGGAAGUUGAAGAAGGAGGAGCUGAAGGUUAGGGCUCUAAACAGCAACGGAAGAGUGGAUUAUAGUAUUCAGGAAGGCGCAUUCGACAUCUCUCUCCUUGCCAGUAUUGCGAGCCAUCUUGCGUACUGGGCUGACGAAGACGUUUCACAUUUCAUGAUCUCACAGCUACUGGCAAGACAUCGUGUCUUCAAGGAGAAGGAUAAUAAGGGACAAUAA